AUGUCGCUCGCUCGCAUACAUGGUGAAGAAGAUGUCCUCCUCGUGUCUCGAACCGUCCUGUUGCCACAGUCAAAGCGUAACACCGCCCGGCGCCGUGGACAGGGACGGCCAAUUUGCCAGGAGCCCGGUUGCACGACAAUACCAACUUUCGGCAAGAAGGGUAGCAAGAAACCGGAAUUCUGCUUGCCGCACGCCAAGCCGAAUAUGGUGGACGUUCACAACAAGGUGUGCGACCAGCCAGGCUGCCCCACGCACCCAACGUUCGGUAAAGAUGACACCAGAAAGGCGGAGUUCUACGGUGCACACCGCAUGCAGGGCAUGGUCAGCGUCGUCGGGAAGAAGUGCAACCCCCCGGGGUGCCUCAAGUUCCCGUCAUAUGGUAAACACGGCAGCAACGUCAGAACGAGGUGCGGCCAUCCAGGGUGCACCAAGAACACCCCCUUUGGUGUAGAUGGCCGCACGAGGACGAAGGCGGAGUUCUGCCAAAAGCACACUAGGGGAAGAAAGGUGAACACGCGCCUUCCGUGGCGGCCGGAGUCGUAG